GAAGUGUUUGAUAUCAAGAGCGUUUUGGUGUUUAUUUCCAUUUUUCUUCUGAUAUAUUACUACAUCCAAACCAAACCAGCAAAGACUUUUCCUCCUAGACCGUGGUCAUUGCCUUUCAUAGGCGACCUGCAUCACAUUGAUUUAAACAGAAUCCAUCUACAGUGCUUCAAGGUAGGUCAUGCAGGGGCAGCACAUCUGCAUAUUAUUAUGAAACCAAGCCGGGGAUAAAUGCAAAAUAGGCCACGUGUGAAGGUAAAACAGUUUCAUAAUGUUACUUUAAGAUCAUGUGGCGAUUGAUUGUUUCCUUGAAGAGAUGGAAAAGGUGCUUUAUUAUAUACAAAUACAUGUAAUAUUUGAUAUGGUUUCAAACUCUCCCUCACUCUCUCUCUCGUUUCACCCUCAGUUUUUAUUUCAGACAGACCUCCCUAUUUUUUUCUGUCUGAUCACACUCUGUUUCAUUCAAUCCCUGUUGUCUGCCCUAUGUCAUUGUUUUUUCUCAUGUUUUCUCAUGCCUCCAGUGUCAAAGUAUGUACCAUAACCACUGCCCCCUCUAGUGGAAGGAUGAUGAAGCAUCAGGCUUUAAUAUGGACAAUCUGUCCAUCUGCGCUCUGGACCUGUUUAGAACUACACAGACCACAUAUACUACCCUGUACUGGGGGCUGCUCUACAUGAUCAAAUAUCCUGAGAUACAGCGAAAGGUGCAAGAGGAGAUUGACCGUGUGGUUGGAUCCUCACGCCCGCCCUCCUUAACUGACAGGGAGAACAUGCCUUACACUAAUGCUGUUAUCCAUGAGACCCAGAGAAUCGGAAACAUCAUUCCAUUGAACGUGGUGAAGUGCCUGAGAGAGCAGCUGGCCAGAAUGGAGCUGUUCCUGUUCUUCACCUCACUGCUCCAGCGGUUCUCCUUCUCAGCUCCACAGGGAGUAGAACCCAAAUUGGAGUACAAACUCGGAGCCACUCACAGCCCCCAACCCUAUCAACUCUGUGCUGUUCCUCGCUGAGACGCUUAGCUGAGCACUUUCUUUAAACUUCUGUGCUGCUUUCCGAUACACACACAUAUUUUCAUGAAUCCAGUAUGCUGAAUUUUACAUAAUGUUUUACAUAAUAUUAUUAAUAAUGGCAAGGUUGGUAGUGAAUAACUGUUCAAAUCAUGGGUUCCAUUGUGCUUGCUCAAAGGGGGUUCAGGCCCUGGGCUCUGUAAAGCGCCUGGAGACAAUUGUAUUGUUUUUGGGGCUAUGUAAAUAAAAUUGAAUUCAAUGGAAUAUCUGGAUCUAGUGAAAUAU